GGUGCUGAAUGGCUCUCUUGUGUGGCGUUCGCCAUAUUGUAAAGGACCUGUUCUUUUUCUUGUUGGAGAAGAAGAGGCAGUCUUUUCAAGUCCUGUUCUACCCCACAGGGGUGGAGGUGAGAGAGGUGAAGAUGUUUUCCCAGCAAUAAGAAUAUUUAAGCUUAAAAGGGCCCAAAGCGUCUAAAGAGCUUUAAAAAAAACAACCCAAACACCUUUUGUACUUAGGCUGAGGGAAACUGAGCUACGAAACUCCUUGCCGCAAGGAAAAUGCCACGGCAAAGAAUUUAGUAAUUCCCAAAGAUAAGUUUAGUGUCAGUAAAAAAAAGAAGUGAGUAAACUGCCUGCAGAUUCUGCCAAACUCUGCCUCCAUCUGUCGCCAUUUUGUGGCUGGCUUUGGCCCACAACUUCAUUUUGUGAUUGGUCCUGGGCCUCAUAAAUCUGAAAUGUGAGAACCCCUCUCCGUUGGGUUUGUAAAGACUUUGCCCACUCCUCCCUUUUGGUAGAUUUACUGAGGAGGAAUUGCCCAUAAGCAACCCAAUCCUGUCCAUGUUGCAUGUGAGGUCUCUCAGGAGGAAUAGGCAAUUGGUUAUUAUGCCACACUCCCAAAGGCAGCCAUUUUGUGUUAUGUUACAUAGAGAGAGCAGCCAUUUUGGAACUGGUACCCACGGCACUUUCUCAAAAUGUCCACUGGCCCAAAAAGGUUGCUCACCCCUGAUGUGCGUGAACUACCGGGCUCUGGGGGAGAUGGCUGGGCAAAGCAUGUCAGAUUGAGGGGACCACAGAAGUAAAAUGUUUGGUAGAAAGGAAAUGAAGGCCUAUGGCAGAACCCACUGGAAAUGGGCAUGGGUCAAAACGGAAGGUCCUCAUCGCUCUCUUUUUCUCUCCCCACACCCCCAAGAGGCUUCCUAAUGGAUAGAAGCAGCAGGAAAGCGAAGAAGCCUACUACAGGCACAACAGAGCAGGUAAUUGGAACAGGUGGGGUUAGGCAUUGAUUCCUUUUUUUGUCUUUCCCUUAAAAAGAACUUGAUUUGAGCAUUGUAUUCAGGUUAUUCCUAAGCGUCUUGAAGAAAAAAUCUUCUACUGAAAAUAGGCCAUAUUUCAAAAAGUAAAAUUCCCAGCACCCCCAAAGUUCUGAAAUUGUUGAGCUUUCUUUUCUUUUUAACCAAAGUUGUUUAGGUUUUUGUUUUUGUUUGUAAACCACCAAAAACAAAGAGAGAGGACACAUUUUUCAGCUUAAACUUCAACUCUUUCUUUCUUUCUUUCUUUCUUUCUUUCUUUCUUUCUUUCUUUCUUUCUUUUUCCCCCAGGGGGAGGGGGGCAGUGGCAUAGUCUCCCCCCAAAAAACAAAAAAAUCAGCAACACCCCCAGCAUCUCCAAGAGCCGAUUCUUCUUCUUCUUCUUCUUCUUCUUCUUCUUCUUCUUCUUCUUCUUCUUCUCCUUCUCCUUCUCCUUCUCCUUCUCCUUCUUCUUCUUCUUCUUCCAGGGUAAGAAAGGGAGAUUCCUUGUUGAGCCCCCCCCCCUUUGGAAGGGUGGGACUGAGGAGGUAAGUUCCUAUGGACCUGCAAAACAAAAACAAAAACAAAAAAAAGAGAUUCAAGAAUUGGAGAAGUGCAAAUUCUGAAGGAUGGCUGUGUUUCAGUUCAUGUAUUGUUUCAAAAAGUGCAGAUUACGAAGGUUUGCCUUGAAAUGUGAACUGAAAUGAAUUUCUCCCCCUAAUUGACAUUACAGGCUGGUACAGAGAAGCUAACAGAAGAGGAGAAGGCACUCAGGAAAGAAGUGGAUAAUGUACUGCAGGGCGAAUUGGGGAAGCUCUUAGCUGAGAAGCAGGAGGAGGCGGAAAGUGCAGCAUUUCAAGGUGAAGUACAGAAAGGCAAGGCGACAGAGAAGUCCAAGGAAAGGAAGGGAGGCCUAGCAUUGCAGAAUGAAGUAGAGAAAGCCCAGACAAAGUCCAAAGAGGAAACGGAGAGUGAAUCACCUCAGCGUGAAGUAAGAAAAGCCUCGGCAAAGAGAAGGUCCAAGGCAGAAAGUGAGCCUUCCUCAUCAUGGGAUGAAGCAGGGAAAGGCAGGGUGAGGGAGAUGUCCAAGCAGGGAACGGAAGAAGAGAACACCCAGGAGGAAACUGAGGACACUGAGACCCAGGAAAGCAGGGACAGUGAAUCACCGCAGGCUGAAGCAGAGGAAUCCUCAGAGAAGGUCAAAUGGAAACAAGGCUCUUUAUCAAGCAAAGAGGAGGAGGGGUAAGAGAACCCUCCCCAAAAAGCACCAGCUUGCCUCAAUCUGUCCCACAUGUAGAGAUUAGCAUCACCGCAUAGUGCAUGCACACACACACACACACCUGCCCCCUGCCUGCAGUGCUGGGAGUCUCAGAUAUUUUCUGCCUCCUACACUGAAAAAUCAAAGUGAUACUUGGCUUGGAAUAAAUUUCAAAAUAAAAAUGGCCUACUCCCAAAUGAGAAUGGAAGCAAAGCAAUGAUGGGCUUAGCACUAGCAAACAGGCAAGUUCCCAGAGUAAAGAUUGCAACUUCUUCCCCCCACCCCCAGUGCUACAGUUGCCACACUUCCUGAGGCCGGCUGGAGUCAUCAUUUUUCUCCCCCAAACUAACAAACCACAAGUGAUAUGCCAUAGAACAAACCUUGGUCCUAGCUUGUGAUCUGUCUGGCGCAAGACAAACCACAGGCUUGGAUACAACACUUAGCCAAACCAUGACUUAGGGCUCGUCCACACUUCUGCUUAUCCCAAGUGGACUCUCUAGGCACAGGUCCGAGUGGUUUUCCCUUUGCUCUUCCACUUUCCCUUGUUUAGUGCUAGACUGAAACAAACAGGAAACCCCAUUGCCCUUUGUUCCGAUUCAGAGCUAGAGAUCAGGUUUCCUUGGGGGGAAGUCGGAGGGCAAAUGGAGGUGUAUGUAAGCCUUAGCCUUUCACCCUCAUUAAAAGGUUCUUUAAUUUAACAGUGUCUUAUACUGAGUCAAACCAUUGGUCUGUCUAGUCUAUACUGACUGGCAGGGGCUAUCAAAGGUCUUAGGCUUUCCCAGUGUGGUAAGAAUUCACUUCUACACCACCUUGUUCAUAACACAGGUGAGGUACCACCUUUUAAAUAAACCAUGGAACCAAGAAAACUAAUUCAAGUCCAUCAUCCAGGAGGGACCCAGUGUUUAGGACAGAGCCAGUUAAAAAGGUCUGUCCCAAGGCACAUCAGAACAAAACCUUAUAUAGUAGUUCAAACACAGCAAGCAAAGAAUCAUAAAACAUCUAAACAUUUUCAAACCUAUGUCAGGAAGGGUUACAGGUCAUGAAAAGCAAAACACAUAUGGCUCCAUUCCAUCAGCUUCACCCCCUAAUUACCUUGUGGUGACCAGAAAUGCCUAGGUCAUUUGACCAUUUUAGGUUUUGGACGUCACACAUUACCCUGACAACCUAGCUCAUGAUCCGUCUCUAUUGACGUUCCUCCUUCUAUCUUUCAGGAAACUUCAAGGAUUUUUGAUUAACACGUGGUAGACUUAGAAUAACAUCCUGGGGGACCUUGUGUUUGUGCCACUCUCAGGGCUCACAGGGCUAGAUAAGAUUUCUUGCUUAUGACCUAAAGAGCAUAGGGUUGUGAAAUGCAGGCCCACAAAACCCUCGCGCAGAAAGAAAACCUUUUCUUUCAUGUAUUCUAACUAAAAGCAAAACACUGCAACAUUAUUAAAAUAAAAAAUAGACACCUUGAAUUCCUAAUUCUUAUAUUACCAGUACAGUGGUACCUUGGUUGUCAAGUUUAAUCUGUUCCAGGAGUCCCUUCGGAACCAUUCGAAAACCAAGGAGCUUCCUACACUCAGCCGGAAGCUGAGUCAGACAUUUGGCUUCCAAAAAAUGUUCGCAAACUGGAACACUCCUGGGUUUGCAGUGUUCGGGAACCGAUUUGUUUGGGAGCCAAGCCGUUUGACAGCUACUGUAUUACCUGGAGGUGGCAACACUGAAUGGCUGGGGAACCCCUGCCAGAUGGAUGGGCUGUUGUUGUUGUUGUUAAACCUGGGAUCCUUUGCAUGCAAAACAGGUGCUCUUGCUGCUGAUCUGCGGCACUGCCCUUAAAAUGCAGUUCUUAAGUUCUAGGAAGCUACCUGUUACCAUGUCAGACCACUGGGUUCAUCUAACUCAGUAUUGUCUUGAGCAGGCAUGGCCAAUCUUGGUCCUCCAGAUGUUUUGGGACUACAAUUCCCAUCAUCCCUGACCACUGGUCCUGUUAGCUAGGGAUGAUGGGAGUUGUAGUCCCAAAACAGCUGGAGGGCCAAGUUUGGCCAUGCCUGGUCUAGAGUGACUGACUGUGGCUCUCCAGAGUUUCAGGCAGCAAGCCUUUCCCAACCCUACCUAGAGAUUCAUUAGGGAUUGAAACUGGGACCUUUUGCAUGCAAAGUGGGUGACUUUCCACUGGCCUCCUUCCACACACGACCUGAGUACUUUAUAUUACCUGAACUCUGCUUCUUUUCUCUCCCCCCCCCUUUUUUUUUUUUGCUGCUCCUUCAGACCAUCUAGUGCUGGAAGCUUGUGGGUUAAACACAAAGAGGUAAGAAAGCUGGGCAAGAAGUGGAGUUCCCCAUCACCUCUGGUUCUCAUAAGAGGCUGGGUUGAGAGUGCACAUUGGGUGUGCUUUUAAAACUUUUUAAACUUCAAUUUACAGAAAAUAAGAGAGAUUGGAGAGAAACCGCUGGAGGAACUUGGACCACCUGGUUACUUUGCUAAGUAUGACCCCCCCACACACACCAAGCCCUGUGCAAUAACUAACUCACCUGAUUGACAUAGGACAGAGAAUGCUUCAAGAGCUUUUCUAGUUUCCAGGUGGGGUGCAUUCACAUCCCAGCAAAUCCAGGUUGUGCAAUUGGAAGCUCUUGUGUGACAAAUCUUGUUCUCCCAAAGACGGGACUUUUUAAAAUAAGAGAAGUACACUGGCAUGUGUGGAAUAACAGUUGCUUUGAGGCAAUGUUGUCUAACCUUUGCACAAACAAAUGGGAAAGAAUGCUCAUUAAAUAGACAGCAUUGUCUAAUCUCCAUGCAAACAGUCUAGGAUAAAUGCCCAAUAAACAGGCUGUCUGGAAGCUCCCAGAGUAUAGGAACAUAGAAAUGUAGGAAACUGUAUUCUACUGAGUCAGAUAAUUGCUCCAUCUAGGCAGUGGCGUAGUGUGGGUUGCCAGCACCUGGAGCGAGGCAAGUACUGCACACCCUAAAAAGCAACAGUGGCAGUGGCUUCAGACACUCAACAGCCCCAGAGGCAGCUCCUGAGUUUGCCACAUGCCUCCAUCCAGGGGCCAUCCAAGGCCAAGCUUCUGAAAGGAGGGCCUGAGCCUCACCCUUCGCUUUGCCCAGGAAACCCAAGAGAUCUCCGGACAAGGGGAAGGGCUACUACUCCCUCUGAUUUGGAAUUAAAAACUCCCAGCAGCGUUUGCGGGAAGGUGGCCAUUGGGUGCUCAGUCAUGGAUCCUGCCCAUUGGGGACUGGUAGGGUGGAAUACAGGGAGCCCAACAGGUGGCAGCACCAGGGCCAAUGGCAGGUGGAGCCAACUAAUUCUAGUUUUGUUUCCAUCCUCGUCCUCCCUGCUAAAUUUCACAAGUGCAACUGAAGCUAAGGAAGAGGAGGCUGGUGGCAUUGCCACCUAGAGUGGUUGUAAGUAAGGAGGCAGGCCGGUGGGGCCUGGCUGUGGGUAGACUGAGGUUAGUGGGGCAAUGCCUCAUUUGCCCUAAUGGACUGUCCUCCACUAGCCCUGCUUCUGACCAUGGAGACACAAACAUGCCCAAAUUAAAAUUCCAUGUGGUCAUCACUCAACAAGCAGUUCCCUUCCUGCAUCCAUCAGGCAGGGUCAGAGCAAACUAAUCCUGGUCCACAGUCUCGCCCUCCCUCCAGUUAGCAUCCAUGUUUCCUGAAACAGCCUUAAAAGGCAAACCAUUAGCAGUGCCAGGGGAAGCAGAUCAGUUUCCACAGCUACAGGCUUUUAGCCAGUCAGCACUAAUACAAUUUUGGGGAUAACUCCCCUGCCACCAGGGAUUAUCAUAUCAGGAACCUACCACUUAUGGAGUUCAUCAAUGCUUUUUACACACACACACACACACACACACACACACACACACACAAUUCCAAGGUAGUUGAAGCAAUCUCAAGAUGGGUGGGGCUGAAUGACAAAAGGCUAAAACAGGGCAACCCAAAGAAGUUGAAUGUUGGAAGUUUCAGGACAGACAAAAUAAAGCAGUUCCCACAGCGCAUAGUUAUAUAGAAUUCUCUCCCCUGACAGGCAGCGAUGGCCACCAAUUUGGAUGGCUUUAAAAGGGGAUUAGGCAAAUUCAUGGAGAGUAAGGCUAUCAAGGGCUACCAGCCACAAUGGCUAUGUUCUGCCUCCAGAGCCAGGCAGCCUGAGGUGGCUACCUCAGGCAGCAGAAGCCCCCAGGCGGCAGCCCCACCAGGCACCCUGCCCCUAACAGUGAUGGCCCAACCUGACUAGUCCCCACUUUUCCCCAAGCAACAAGAUGUGACUUUAACCUGAGCCAUCUCUUUUUCUUCAAGGUUAACUCAGAGAAUCAUGCGGGAUCUUCCUACUUUCCAGAAGAAAUUGGUAGGUCUGUGCAUUCAAAUCUUGAUUUGUUCCAUCACUGUUAAAUGUUAAGCUAAAGCACCUUUAAAUGUCAGGGAGUGAUGCCAGUAGAGUUGCCAGGGGCUGACCUGGAGGCUCUGCCAAUCUCCUUAACACACAAGUGGGGAACUUCUUUUUCAGUCUUCCCUUCUGAGCAAUUUUUGUGGGGCCACAUGCCACAGGUGAGCAGGGCUAGAGGCCAAAGUGGGUGGAGCAAAGAAUGCUCCUUCGUACAGUAGCCUAGUUUCUACCUACACACUCACACACCCCUCUCUGUCCUCCCUCCAGGCAAGUAGGAGGUAUUAGUUCAAGGAGACAUUCUAUCUAGGCAAAAACUCUCCAACGUUGUCCAAACCUGGACCAUAAUUUGAGGGUUUACUUACUACCCCUGCCAUCCCUAAGUUUCCUGCUUCUUUAAAAACAAAACAAAACACCUGGUGAGCAUCUGUCUCUGUUGAGAUCAAAAGCUUCUCUCAUUUAUAGGUUCAGUAUUAUUUAUUUACAUUUAUUUAUUUAUUUAUUUAUUUAUUUAUUUAUUUAUUUAUUUAUUUUUAUGUAUACCACCUUUAUCUUCCAAGGCUCUCAAGGUGGUGUACAUGGUUCUCCUCCUCCCCAUUUCAUCCUCACAACAACCUUGUGAGCUAGGUUAGACUAAAAGAUGAUGAGUGGCCCCCAAGGUUACCCAGUUAGCUUCAUGGCUGAGUGGGGAUUCGAACCCUGCUCUCCCAUGUCCUAUGCCAACACUCUAACCAUUAUGCCACACUGGCUCUCAGUAACUAACUGCUCUGGGGUUCCCAUUAUCCUGUUUCUUUCAUAGGUUCAAAGAACCUCCCUUCCUAAUGGAGGGGAAUGCUGCUCUACAUAAUCCCCCACCCCUUUGCAUUUAACCUCUUGGUCUGCAUUCAAACAUUUUAUUCUGGGACGUUUGACUGUGCAUCAGUGAACUGUGCUUCUGGAUGGUAGUGACCCCACCAUUUCCCCUUCAUAUGUUUUGUCCCCUGCCCCCCAAGCAAUCCAUGAGCAGUAAAUGAGAAAUAAACCAAGGUAGUGGGGAGAGACAUAUUGAGGCAAACCAUAGUUUAUUGUCACGUGCAAACAAGGCCCAAUGUGCUCUGAUUUUCUGGGGUGUGGGGAGCAAAGGUCAUAGUGGAGCUCAAUACUGGACUUAUAAGGGACAAGCUGUAGUGGGAUGGGCAGGUUUGAGAAGAGGGCCACUCAUAAGGCUCUGUGCUGCAUUUACUGGGGUUGAGGGAGCAGACAGGGUGUAGUGUGGGGUUGGGCUGUCAGAGAACUCAAAUGAAAAGAGAAAUGGGGGCGGGGGGGAGAUUGCCAAUGUUUGCUUACUUGUUUCAUAUCCAGGAUGGAAAUCAAAACAGAUAAUACAAUUGGUAUUCACUGUCAUAGUUUUCAGUUCACCACAACCAAUAUGCGCUGGGAAUGGUGUGGAAUAAUGCAAUUCAUUACUUUAAAUUUUGCCAUAGCAGACAGUGAGCCAAAUUGUGUGGGUUUUGUCAGUGAGGGGUGGGGUGGAGCUAACUGUUGCGAGAGUAUCCCUUCUAAUCUAUAAACGUUAUUGCAGAAAGCUUCAGAAGUGCCAGAAAAGUAUAAGAGAAAGAAUAUGCAUCCAAGGUAUGAAACUGGGAUAAUCAUGGGCUGGUACAACCACUUUCAAAUCUGUUGGGGCGGGAGGGGUGCCAAAAGCAUUAGGGGAGAACAAAGCCCCCCUGUGGUAUCUCCCAAUCAGCAUGAAAGGGGAGCUUCCUUAGUCACUGGGAAGCAGUCUUAUCACUUUUUGUGCUGAUUGGAGCCAAUCAGAGCGAAAGGAGAGUCAGCAACUGAGAAUUGGCUCCACUGGAGAAGGUGCCGUGGGAAGGACACUGGGGAAGAAUCGUUCUAUAUAGGCUCCAAAUCUAAGCAUUUAGGAAGACUGACAUCCCAAGGUGCUUUGGUUCCCAGAGAGUGGUGUGCAAGUUCUGUUACAUACCAUGGAACUUCAAGGGAAACACAACUUAAGUCAACUUAAUUCACUCCAAAAGAAGAUACUGGAGCACAACCAUUGCCUGUAUGUGUGCCCAGAAAAUAGUAGAACUAGCUUAAAGACAACACAUGAAUCAUUGCACUAUAUCCCUAUUUGUUCUCUCUGGGGCACGAGCCUUGGCAGUGUGUAUGGAGGUCCUGGACUACCCAGACAACAAGACCUCUCUCUUGGCCACGCUGAUAUUUUCCAAAGCAAAGCAAAUCAAUACAUUUGGCACCAGCUUGGCUGCAGGAGUUGCUGGAAGGAGGCAUCCAAACCCCUAUGGAACUCCAAUCUCCAUCUAGGAGAAGGACCCCUAUGUAUUAUUAUUGUAUGAUUAUAAGAUUGCUGUAUAAUCUUAGAAGGUUGUAUCAUUUUAGAAGGGGACGUGACUGUGACUAUCAUGUAGGGGCCCCUGAACUUUUGAAAUUGCUACAACUCUACUGGCCACAAUAGAGAUGGAAGCUCUUGGGCAACAGGACAGAUUUUUGACCUGGACUUACUUUCUUUCUUAAAGGAUAGCUAAACUGCUCAGCUCCGAGCUGCCCAGCACCCAGGUAGGCAUCUCAAUUUAUCUUUGUUCUUCACUCUCAUCCAUGAACCAUGGGAUCCCUUGACAUGCUGUAGAGCAAAUGAGGCCCUGCCCCACCAACUUCUCAGCCAGUCCCCACCUGCCUGCCUGCCUUCCUCCUUAGAACCUGACCAUGGGAGGUGGCUCCAUCAGUCAGCUUCUUCCUUCCUAGUCUCAGCGUUGCCCCUUGUAUAACCCAUCAGGGAGGAGGAAGAUGGGAUCAAAGCUAGAAUUAGUUAGCUCAGUCAGUGCCUGCCAUUGGCUCUGGUGUUAUCUACUGAUGCGUUGUGCCCUGCCAGUCACAGUAUGCACCAGACACCUCUGCCUUUUCAUUUAAAAACCAAGAAGGCAAGCCAGGUGAAGGACUAACAACAACAACAACAACAACAUUAUUACUUGCCGUUGACCAUCAAUUUCCAAGGCAAGUUAAAACAAUUUAAAAUCCAGAAUUAAAAACUCUGGAAACAAAUAACAGUCAAUGUGUUUAAUCUGAAGCUUUUCGUUGUGUUAUUUUUCUCUUUACGUACCCUUUCAUAUAUUUUUUGUACCCGCGUUUCAUAAAACUGCAAUAUAAAUCAGGUUUCUUUUGUUAUUCUUACUGGAUAUGAUCCCUGAAGAUUGUGUUUUUUUACAUUUGCCCAGUGAUUGUUCUUUGCUUUUCUUUGCCUUCUCCCCCAUCUUUAUUAUGAUACAAUUUCAGACUUGGUUAUGAAAAUUAUUGUUAUUAUGCCAUUGAUUUUAUGUUUAGGAUUUUUAAAAACUCAGUAAAAAUACACUGCACACACAAUAAUGACAGUUGCAGGAGUAGGGGGGUCCUGAAAACACAGGUGUCAAAAGCAAGAGCUAAAUAGGUGCAUCUUCACCACUUGGCUGCCAUUUGCUCUGGUCUAGCAAGGGUAUUCCUUAUGGUCACGUGGUGACUUAGUGGUACAGUGGGGUUGCAAGCUGGAGGUUGCAAAGGAUACAAUAUACUGUAGAAAGAUUUGGGAGACAGGAAGUGGUGGGUGGGGGAUGCAUGUGUGUGUGUGUUUUAGAAUUCGUAUCCUGCUCCUUCCAUGCUGCGUAGGACUUUCAGACCCUCAAACAAUCUCAUCAUACACCAGGAAAACCAUGAAACAAAAACCUGCAGAAGGAAAGCAGCAUUAAAAAAAUAAAAAUAAAAUAAAAUCAGCAGCCUAUAUUAUCCAAAGUUAACUGCAAAUAAAUCAGUUGCUAAAAAGCAUUUCCCCCCCAUAAAAAGCAUGUCCAAAAAAGAUUAUCCCUAAAUGUGCUUUGGAAAGUAAUGUACUAUAUCUCAUAGAGCUGAGAGUUCCACAGCCUGGGUGCCCCUGAAGAGAAAGUAUAUAUCUCCGCACUUCCCUGCUUUCCACAUUUUCAGGAGCAGAGACUCAGAGAGUAAGGCCACCCUAAUUACCAGACAAUGUGUGGACAGGCUCAUGGGAAGGGAGAUAGUCCUUCAAGGAUUCAGAUCCCAAACAGUUGAAGGCUUUACUGAAUGUUCACAGAGUUGUGUACUGGCCUCAACUGAUCAUGCUCUGCUGACCUCCUAUCUGGACUACUGUAGUGCACUCUGUGCAGGGCUGCCCUUGGAGACUAUAUGAAGGCUGCAGCUGUUAGAUAGGCAAGUGGGGCAGCUCCAUGGGACCAUUUUGUCACCAGCCCCGAAAAUGAUGCAUUGGCUGCCAGUGAACUAUGGGGCCCAAUGAAAAAUAUUAGUACUAGCAAAAGAGAGUGCCUUUCCCAAUAUCGUCCACCUUGGGCCCUAUGACCAGAAGGGAUACCCUGGUGGUGCUGCCUCACCGCUGAGUGCUGCCCAGUGGGCAUUGGCCCAUGACAGGGCCUUUUCAGUGACGGUUCCCCAUUUGUGGAUGCCCUCCCCUCUCUUUAGUAACUUUUGGGAGGAAUUAUAAAACAUUCCUGGUUGCCCAGGCAUUUGAAAGUUUCUGUUCCUGGCAACUUUGAAAGUAUUACCUGUGAGCGUGUGUGAUUGUUUGUAGACUCUUUGGGAGGAAGUGCAGGAUAUAAAUUUAAUUUGAUGAUGAUGAUGAUGAUGAUGCAGGGAGCAGUUUCUGGGGUGGAGCAUAGUGUGCCUUCUAAUGUAUCCCUGUUAUUGCAGCAAAUGAAAACGAAGCAUCAGCUGUCCCUGAAAGACUCAAGGUACAAAAGCAGAAAUGCUCUGGAACACUGUGGGUACUUUCAAAUCCAUGGCAAUGUGCAGAAAUGUUGGCAAGAACCAAGGGCAGGGGUAGGGAGCUUGUGGCCCUUCCAUAUGUGUUCAGAAUAAGCAGAGUCACCCCACCCAUGAGGUGGAAGAAACCCAUCUCAGGUGGUGGAAGUAAAAGAGGUGGUGUUCUGCCUGCCCCAUCACUUCUGCCACCGAGAGGGAAGCGUUCCGCUACAUGGUGCUGCUGAUCAUCUUCCAAAACCAUGGUGAGAAGCCAAACGACAAUGCUUUGAGGAGCACCCAGGCCCCCUGCCAAGUUUAGCAAGUGCUGGGGCAUUCCUGAGUGCCAUGUUGCCAAUCAGUUCCCCGCCCCACCACAGGGGUGGAGAAGCCAAGCGGCAAUAUUUUGAGGAAGCGCCCCAUCUCCUGGUGAGUUUGGUGCACGGUGGCAGUGGAAUUGCUGGGGGGCAGAAGUGAAGGACAGUGGCAUAGCGUGGAUUGCCAGAGCCCGGAGUCUUUGCAACGUAAUUCAGUUAAAAGGUAACUUGGUAUCCAGAUGUGCCUAUUUACAGUGGUUAUUUUCACUUAGCCCUAUUUCUCGGUGAAUCCACCAAUUUCUUAGUGAAAUUACACUUUUACCAGUAAAACUUGCACUGAACUAGUACAGGGAGCAUUAAAGCAGCCAUGUCUGACCCCUAGUCAGCCUCAAGACUCCUCCAGUCACAAAGCAGCACAUUAUUCAUGAGACUCCCCUUUGUGAAACUGCUAUAGCAAGUAUUGAUAACUCUCUAAGCAGACUUGUCAAAAGAGCAGAUAUCUAUACAUUUAUCUGUGAAAAUGGAUGCUGGAGUCAAGGUAUUCACAAUUUCAAAAGAAUGGCCCAGAAUGGCCAGGAAAAGGCAAUCAGUGAACAUUAUGAGGUAUCUUGACAGACAGCAGACAAGCCAUACUCUCAAAUUUCUGUUGUAGGCCACCUCUUUCCCAGUGUGCUUUCUCUUGGAAAAUAGUUUCUCUGAACAGGACCUUCUCUCUUUUUUUAAAGGUUAACUCGGAUCCUGAGCCAGGAUUUAUCUGAAGAUGAGGUAGGCCGCUUAUUCUUGUUUAUCUUUCAUCCCUGAAUGGUGGGUUGCCCAGCAUAUUUGGAUUGCUGGCCGGGGGGUGGGGGUGGGGGGAGGCACUUUGAAGGUCAAUAAUUGUAAUUUUCCAAGGUGCUUACCUGGACCCUUCAUAUCUUUAAGAUGUGUUGAGUGGCACACAGGGAGGAAGUGUGUAAGGGAAUAUGCCUGGAUAGCUUAGUUCAGGGGUCAGCAACCCGCGGCUCCGGAGCCACAUGUGGCUUUUUUACACCUUUGCCGCGGCUCCGGGGUGGGAGGCGCACUGUGCGCCCCGACACUCCCCACUGUGGCGGGCGCUGUACUGGCUGUGACGUCGCAUGGGGGCGGUGCGUGCGUUAGUCAUGCACCGUCCCGACGUCACCUUCCCGCCCGCUGUCUGAUCGCGGCUCCAGAGAUAUAUUUGUUUUAAAUGUCGCAAUGGUUUUGCGGCUCCCAGGUUUUUUUUUCUUCGGAAACGGGUCCAAGUGGCUCUUUUUGUCUUAAAGGUUGCAGACCCCUGGCCUUAGUUGGUUAGAGUGUGGUUGCAGGUUCGAUCCCCGUAUAGGACAGCUGCGUAUUUCUGCAUUGUAGGAUGUUGGACUUGAUGAUCCUCAGGGUCCUUUCCAACUCUUUGAUUGGAAUCAAGUCUUUACUUCUUUUUUGCCCAGAUUAUCCAUGGGUUGGGAUAGAGAUGAGUGGUGCAGUUGGCUAAUAUUAGACUCUGUGCUUUUAUGGUCUUAUGAGCCCCAUGUUGGCUAAACUGUGGCCCUCCAGAUAUCAUUGGACACCCAACUCCCAUCAGCUCCUGCCAGCCUAGCCAGUUGUCAGAGAAUAUGGGAAUUGUAGUCCAGCAAAACCUGGGGAGCACCAGGUUCGUCACCUCUGCUUUAUAUUGUGCGUAUAUUGCUUCAUUCACUUCAAAAUACAAUAAUACAAUAAAAAUAAAAUACAAUAAUGGAGGGGAGACCCCUCCUGCUCCCAAAGUCUUGCCUUGACUAAAUUACUUUUUUUUUGCUGGAGAGUCACCCUCUAAUUUAUAAAUUCACUGCAGGAAGAAAAGGAUGAGUCAAAGAAACCAGACCUCCAUUCUUCAAGGUAUGAAUCCAAGUGAGGGUGACCUUGGAAUGCUGCGCCUACUUUCAAAUUUGUGGCAGAGAUGCCCCAGCCAGUGUUGCCAAAAAGCACAGGGCGAACUCCUCAAGUGUCAAGGACUGGCUGGAUGAGGAAGAGUGGUGGGAGCUGCCUGCCUUAGAACCCCCCCCCGGGGAGGACACAGAAGAUAGCAACUUAGAUCCUGGAUCAUGGUGGUGGGACACUGGGGAGCAAUCUGGGGAAGGGACGAGCUGGGAGGUGCUAGAAGCAGGUGGUUUGAGCAAUUGUGGGGGGUGUAGAGGCUGAGAGUCGCAGUAUGAGUGCAGACUCAGACAGAGAGGAGUCCUGAGAUCCACAGAUGAAGGGCGGUACACAAAUUUAAUGAAUAAAUAAUAAUGAAAGAUAAUUCCCUUUGUAGGCACAACAAAAUAAUAUCCUUUGCACUGAGUUAGAGACCACAAGUAUUUAUUGUGUCCCUUGCCCCUGGGCAGAAAAUAUUUAUUGCCCCUAGAGAUGAGAGAGCUGUGUACAAACUCAUCUCUCACAAUAUGGUGGCCUUUCUGGAAGGAGCAAGAGCCACUCCAGGAGUGGCAUGUGCAGCUGGUACUCUUGAAGAGAGGAUCAGGGAGGUUCUUCUGUCCUCCUAUCUAUCUCUCCCCAGUCACAAUGCAACACCUCCUCAAAUUUGCCACCCCAAACAACUGCCCCGUUGGCCUUCACUGUUAAUCUGUCUAGUGCAAUAUUGCCUACAAUUGCCUCUCCGGGGUUUCAGGUGGGGGUCUUUCCCAGUCCUACCUGGAGAUGCUGGGGAAUAAACCUGGGAUCUUCUGCAUGCUGAGCUAGUGUUCUAGCACCACAACAUUGACCAAAGGUGGCUUUGCCUCCCCUCUCCCCAUAAUCUAUGAACCUUCUCCUACAGCCUGUCAACUCUAACCCUGGAUCUAUCUUUCUCCUCCCCCACCCUCGUCAUUUCCUGCAGUAGCAAGACAGUGCCCUUUGAGACCUCUUCUGAGGAGAAAAGGAAGGUAGGGAGUGCAGAGAACUGUAAGCUUUUGGUAUUCAGGAGGACUGUCCACCUGCUGCUUGGACCCAGCCUCCAGAGAGUGUGACACUAGGCCUUUCCUGUGGCCACCAAGCCCAUGAAAAUCUUGCUGGUAUGAUGGUUAUCUGUGGCCCUUCUUGGCAAGCCUGGUGUAGCAUGUAAACAGAAGAAAAGACUGGAUCAGACCAAAGGCACAUCUAAGCUGGCACCCUUGAGGGCUUUUGCCAGCCUUGAAUGGGUCCUUGUGUGGCAGGAACAUAGGAAACUGUCUUCUACCAAGUCGAAAUAUUGGUUUGCCUAGCUCUGGGUUUCCCAAACUUUGGUCUCCAGCUGCUUUUGGACUACGAUUCCCAUCAUCCCUGACCACUGGUCCUGCUAGCUAGGGGUGAUGGGAGUUGUAGUCCAAAAACAGCUUAAGACCCAAGUUUUUGGACCCCUGCUACAGGGCCAUCUUAAGCAUAUCCGGCGCCGUGGUUCAAAGAUCCCUCUGGCGCCCAUCCCCUUUCGCAGAGUUGCUGACCUUUCCCCAAGCCUCUGCGGGGAUCGCUCUCCUCCUGCGGAGGCUUGGGAAGGAAGCUGCACGCCUGCCAGCCAUAUGGUUGACGGGGCAUUGCUAGCGGGCGUGCAGGGAAAGGGGAGGCCUCCUGCAAAGCCGCACAGCUCCCCCACUCGCUGGAGUGCCCCUGAGAAGCCAGCACCCUGGCGCAACGCGCCAGUAAGCCCAAUAGGAAAGAUUGCUCUGCCCUGCUAUAGACCAAGCCAGUUGCAUAGGAGGUGAAGGACAGGGAUCAAUAGUGGUCCCUCUGCAGAUAUUUGAGCAUGCUGAGUUUUAAUGCCAGCCAUGUGGCAUCCACUGCUGCCUCUUCCUAACUUGAGGAGGUGGCAGUGAACACAGCAGGCACGGGUUGAGGCAAUUGCAGCAUAUACUUCAAUAUACUGAACCAUUUUCAAAGCCCUUUAGAGACAGCUGAUGGGGACACACGAUCAUCAGCACAUGAUGCCAGUGCUCAAAAGCUUGCCACAUUGAAGCUUGGGACCUGCCUCGCUCUUCAAAGGAAAGAGACAGGGGGCAGAUCGUUUGUUGGCUCAACAUCCAUCUCAGCUCACAAUUCACCUGCUGUCAUGGGUGUAGUCAGGAUUUACAGUAUGUUGCCGGGCAGGACACCCACCUGUCAUCAUCUUCUGUCUGCCUAGCAGAUUUAGAAUGAAAUGUCUCAGUAACAGUUGUUUUAAAUUACUUUCUUUUGGCCCAAGUGCUCAGGAAAAUGUCAAAAUCUUCCUACAAUUUCUACUUUUAGUUAAGUCUUUUUUUUUAUUUACUUGGUGGGGGGGCAGUUGCUCCCCCUGGCUACGCCCAUGCCUGCUGUACCUUUAACCCCCGCCCUGCCUAUGUAUCGUUCAAAUUUCUGUAUUAAAUAAUUUGGCAGAAGCCCAAACUUGAGUCAGAGUACUUCAGCCAGCAGUGAGAGCUAGGACAGUGGCCUUAUUAGAUCAGCCAUCCCUCAGCCCGCAAUGUGGGGCUAAUCAUACUGACCUGUCUUCUAUGGUUCUUGGAAAUAUCACGCUGCAGGUAAGACCUGUGAAGUCUUUUGAACAUUAUGAGUGAGCUAGUGCAAAUGCUAAAUGUUGUUGUAGCUGUCUUUUUGAUGUUGGUCUGCCUUGACCUGGAUUAGGGUCACCAUAUUUCAAAAACUGAAAAUUCAGACACAGAAGUUGUCGAGGUAUUGCAGUUGUUGAGCUAUUGAGUUGUUGCAAAAUCUCCAGAAAACUUGACAUUUUCCAGCUAUUUUUAAGGAUAUUCACCAAAAAAACAACACUUCCAACAUGGAUUGCCAUAUGCCCAUGUUUUCCCGGGCAUUUUAUCAAUUUUUGAAAAUUCUGCUUGAAUGCUAUUUCUGAUGGAUGAAUCCCGGAUAUGUCCAGGGAAACCUGGAUGUAUGGCAGCCCUACUUAUAUACUGAUUUUUAGUUAACAGAUUUCUUUACCUCUUCUUCUUGCUUCUAAACUCUUAAACUCCUGCCCAACAGGCUGAAGCAGCUGCAGAGGAUAGCACACAGAAGGGUGAAUCCUUGUCUUCAACUGUAGGUGAGGUUGUAUCACUGGAGUGGGAGAAGGACCAGGGGCGGAGGAAGGGGUGUGUGGUAGAGGCGGGCCGUCCCGGGUGUCAGCACUGAGUGGGGUGACAAAAUGCUGGGCGACACUCACUGCGGGGCCUGCAGCGUGCCCGAGCCAUGCAUCUCUCCUGGGAGUGACAUGGUGGCUUGGGCACCUGCAGGCUCCGCUCUGCCCCAAAUGGUCCACCCACCACCUCCCCCUCAGCUAUAGAGUGGCUGAGUGGGAGGAGGCAAGCAGACUCCUUGGAGGCCCCACGGAACAUCCUGCCCCAGCUUGCCCCGCCCCGCAGGCAGCUGGCCGUGCCCCUGGCACAAGGCACGUGUGCCACCCCAGGCUCCCGAUUGGCUUGCUCUGCCACUGAGAAGGGCUCCUAGAUAAGUGAAUGGGCCUGCCCCUGCCCCUCCCAGACUUCUCCUGAAAAUCUACCAGUGCUUUAGGGCACAUUCAUCCUGAAUUUGAAGCAAUAGAUGAACCCAAAUUCACCCAUCCUUCUGCAUUCUGAAUUUUGCCAUGCAGACCCCCAGUCAAAUAAUUAUUUAAUUUUAUUUAUUUAAGGUAUUCAUAUCCUGCCUUUCUCCCAAGUCGGGAUUCAGCAUCUUAACACUUUAUACAAAUUAAUGAAAACAAACGAGUUAAAAACAUUAGUUGAAAUACAACAAAGCACAUUUAGAACCAGCAAAUAAAAGAUAGAUUGCCCUGGCAGCAAUAUUCUUCCUCUUCUUCUUCUUUUUCUUCUUCUUCUUCUUCCCCAUCAAUUAUUAUAUUUAUACCCCACUCUGGGCGGCUUAUAGCAACCUAGUGAUCAGCAUUGUCUGCAUCUUAGUUUUCAAAAGCUUGUCUGAACAGGAAGGUCUUAGCCUGCUGGUGAAAGAUAACAAGGAGAGAAUCAGUCUAGCUGCUCUUGGGCAGAAAUUCCACAAUCUGGGAGCAGCCACAGAAAAGACUCCCUUUCUUGUCACCAGCAACCAUGCCCCUGAUUUUGAUGGAAUUGAGAGAAAUGCAUAUCCUAAGGUCAUGUGUGCAUUUAUAUGCCACUUUUCUUCUGAGGAGCUCAAAGUAGCAUAAAUGGUUAUUUUCCUCCCCAUUUCAUUCUCACAGCAACCCUGUGAAGUAGAUUAGGCUGAAAGACUGUGGCUGGCCCCAAGAUCACCCAGUGAGUUUCAUGACUGAGUACGUCCUAUUAUGGAAAUUUGGAGUUUGCGUGGGAAUUGUGUAUAUUAGGAGACAUCCACACUAAAAACGCUGAUGGAUUUUCAGGAUGACUUCAAAAAAACUAGUUGGUGAACUGAUGAGGAGAAUGUGGAGAGCUCAGCUUAAGACUGGAAUAACGAGAAACCAAAAUGGACAUGUUUCCCCGUCCUUACCCUAUGUUCAGCUUCUUACGCCUUGUUUCCUCACUUCACACAGGAAGCUCUGUCUGGAACAUGGGGCAAAAAAUAAGCCACUGGAAGAUGGCCCACCAACAUGGGUAUCACGUGGGCCAGCUUACUCAGGUGUGUGUAGAUGCAGCUAAGACAAUGUAGCAAUGGGUUCCUCUCAAGGGAAGGGAAAAAAGAUGGACUGUGCUCUUAAACAGACAACCCUUGUUAACAGAGGUCGCUCACUGGUGGCAGAUUUGAUAUUUAACACCAUUGGGGAAGGCCACAGUUGGGUUUUCUUCCUCAGGCGGCAAAAUCUGUCAUCCAGAUUCAAGGUGGGGAGGAAAGAUGGGGGAGAAAUUUGAUUUCGUUUAAAUGUAAAUCUAUCCAAUUUGCUGUUUCUGAGAACAAUAUGGGAACCGAAGCACGGAUAUCCUUCAAAGCUUGAGCUUACCUGAAUUUUUGCAGUGCAAUUCUCGGACCAGUGUUUGCAAAAAAUGCUUCUAUUAGGGGAAAGUCAGUGUACAAACAAAUGUAUUCAUGAAAAGGACAUACAAGAAUGCAUUAGAUAGAGGGAAAUUGUUUGUACAAACGUGUGCAUUAGUCCAAACUGCAUAUAGAAAUGUGUUUAUUGGAAGAAUUCCAUACUAAAAUGCUGGUGGGUUUUCAUGAAUAUUUAUUUAUUUAUUUAUUUAUUUAUUUCUAAUAUAGGGAUUGGAAUCUUUGGGUACUGAUGCAUGGCUCUGAAAAGGGGGAAAGCUGCCAAUCCAUAACUGACUGGUCCUUUUCCUUUCAUCCUAGGAUAAAAUUUACAAGCAAAGGCUACUGAAACAUGAGCGGGACACCAAAAUAUCUGUAAGCCUCUUUCAACAAUUCGACCUUUCAGUUGUAUUGCAAGGAACGCCGUGACCUGUGAUAUCACCACUUCACUUUUGGGUGGUGUUAUUUAUUGAUGAGAAGUAUAGGCCUCAAAACACUUUGAAUGUUUCCCUUAGAGCAGAGCUGGGGAAUCUCAGGCCCAGGCCUUUCUAUCAAGCCCUCAGCAUUCUCCACAGUCUGUGUUGCGCUCUGUUAGAGUACCGUCGCCUGUCUGAAACAAUGCCUUCUUGCUUGCCUGGACGGUAAACAAAGAGGUGUGGGGUUUUUUUUAAUAUAAUUUUUAUUAACAAGCCAAUCAAAUCACAUCACAUUAAUUCCAAAUUACACAGCCAAAUUUUUAAAUUUUUGUUGGGGGUACCCAUGCUUCGAGCUCAGAAAGGAAUCCAAACAUCUCUCUUGCUGCUGCUUUGAUGUUCACAGUUCUGUCCAAAUAGUAUUCACAGUUCUGUUCAAUCUUCUCUUUGUUAUUUUCCUCAUCUUCUUAUUGUUGUCAUAAACAAAGAGGUGUGUAUGGGUUUUUGGGAACCUCUGGCUUUUUGUUUAAGGGGGAUGUGGCGCUGUGGGUUAAACCACAGAGCCUAGGACUUGUCAAUCAGAAGGUUGGCAGUUCGAAUCCCCAUGACGAAGUGAGCUCCCGUUGCUUGGUCCCUGCUCCUGCCAACCUAGCAGUUCGAAAGCACGUCAAAGUGCAAGUAGAUAAAUAGGUACCGCUUCGGCGGGAAGGUAAACAGCGUUUCUGUGCGCUGCUCUGGUUCGCCAGAAGUGACUUAGUCAUGCUGGCCACAUGACCCGGAAGCUGUACGCCGGCUCCCUAGGCCAAUAAAGCGAGAUGAGCACCGCAACCCCAGAGUCGGCCACGACUGGACCUAAUGGUCAGGGGUCCCUUUACCUUUACCUAAACAACAACAACAACAAAGUUUGCUGUACACAAAUAAAUGUUGCAUCCAGUGCCCCACCCACAUUUUGCCUCCUGCUGCACCAACCUCUGCAUUUCACUAGCCUACUGUGUACAAAGGUAAACAUCUGCCUCUGGCCCCACCCACCAGUACCAUGUGGCCCCUGUAAGGCGUUGCACACAUGGCAAUGUGGAUCUUGGGUUGAAAAGGGUUCCCUGCCUCUUCCCUGGAAGCUGACCCACAGGUACCUUUGCUCUGUGCUUUCUAGGCACAGCUCAGCUCCAUGUUUUCCAGAUCUGCAUCCAAGUGGCCUUUUUUGUCCCAGCACUUGGUCUGGGAAAACCCGCACGUUACUGCGGAAUCAGAGCAAAUGGCAAUCUGCUGCAAAUUUGACUGCCGUUUGCUCUGAUCCAGCAGCAAAAUGUGGAUUUUCCCGGGGGAAGCACCAGGACCAAACACCACCCCCCAACCCCUGGUAUUCAGACAUGGAAAGCCCAGACCUGUGCCUAGAAACACAACACAAAAGGAAGUCUGGAUGAGCCCUCUGUUUAAUGUUCCUUUUGGACUUUGGACUUGAAUGUUUUUUACAAUUAUAAAUCGCUUCAAGACCCUUUACAAAGCUGGAGAUGAAUAAAUGUAAUAUUCAAUGAUGAUACAUAAUCAUUUAAUUAUAAUAAUUAUAAAACCAUUGUUAUUAUUAAAAUGUUCAGAUUUUUUAAAAAUCACAAGGGGUGGGGGGAAAUGGUUGAAUUUAAAAAGUAAGCAGAAUAUCACCUUGAAAUAAUGGUAGUGGUGGUUGAGGGGUUCUGUGUGUACUUUAAAUGUAUCUCCCUAAUCCCUUGCUCACUUCCCCAUUCCACAGAUGCCCAUGCCACUCCAGGAAGUGAUGGAGGAAGAAGUGUUUGACAUCUUAUUGGAAACCCUGUUUGGUGAGGAGAAGGCUUGUGUACUGCAAGUCUAGCCUGCUUUUGUGAUCACAAGGACACAUCUCCCUCUUGAAGUCAAGCCACCACUUAUACGUUGUCCCCCUGCCCCAAAGUGGGAGGACUUCUGUAAAAUGUGUUCAUACUAAUAUACAUUGGUACCUCGGGUUAAGUACUUAAUUCAUCCCGGAGGUCUGUACUUAACCUGAAACUAUUCUUAACCUGAAGCACCACUUUAGCUAAUGGGGCCUCCCGCUGCCGCCGCGCGAUUUCUGUUCUCAUCCUGAAGCAAAGUUCUUAACCUGAAGCACUAUUUCUGGGUUAGCGGAGUCUGUAACCUGAAGCGUAUGUAACCUGAAGCGUAUGUAACCUGAAGCGUAUGUAACCAGAGGUACCACUGUAUAUGUAUAGAUACAAAAAUUCAGAAAUGAUCAUUGUAAUUUACACCCCAUCUGCACCAUACAUUUGAAGCAGCAGCAUGCCACGUUAAUCAGUCAUGGCUCCCCCCAAAGAAUCCUGGGAACUUCAGUUUGUUGAGGCUGCUAAGAGUUGUUAGGAGACCUCAAUUCUGCUCAGAUAGCUGGAAUGCCUAGGGUUCCUUGGGAAAGGGGAUUUGCUCUCAGAAUUGUAGCUGUAUGAGGGGAAUUAUAGAUGUUAGAUUACAUGGGGACAAGAUGGAGCCCUGCAGGACACCACAGGGAAGCUUUCAUGGCAUCAAGCACUGGUCCUGCCUCCCAUAACUGCUUUCUGGAAACAACCCUGGAAGUAGGAGCAGAACCACCGAUUGGCCACUGUGAGAAUAGGAUGUGGGACUAGAAUUUAGGGUUGCCAUAUUUUGAAGAUAAAAAAAAAAAUAGGACGCUAUGACACUGGGGUGGCCAUUCAAAGCAAAUGAAUGCAAUUUGUCUCGAAUUUUGCCCCUGAAAAAGAGGAUGUGUCCUGGGGAAAAGAGGACUCAUGGUGGGCCACUGACCUGAUUCGGCAGCAAGGCUCAUUUUAUAUUCUCAUGAUCAUGGCGGGUGAGGUUCCUACAGAGGUGCGGGCUUCUCAUACGUUGCUUAAUACCAGCUGCUGGGAAUCGUUACAGGUGAGCAGAGUUUCUGCUGCCCUCAGGUCCAACUUGCAGGCUUCUCGCAAUGCUAGAAUGGAUGGACCUUUGUCCUGAUCAAGCAGACUCAUCUCACGAGAGGCAGGGCAAGGUCCCAGAGACUCAGGUCACUUAUGCACCCUGCCAUAUUGUGAUGGUAGAAACUGCGGAAAUGUGUGGCAUGUAAAAGUAACCUCUUUCCCCUCUACCACCCCUCCUCAGACUACCACAAAAAAUUAGGAUCAGAGCACCCUCUCACCAUCCAGAUGGAGCAGCAUGUGGAACACCUUCACCUCCAGUUGCAGGGAAGAAGAGUUCUUUGAGUGAAGAUGCUGUGCAAAGGACGCCCCUCCUACCCUUUGCCCACCAGUACCUUGAAACCACCUUGAGAACAAGUAAAUGUUUAUGUGUUUUCAUCCUG